UGUUCAAAAAUCUUCCAGAUAGUUGAGCUACAAAUAAAGGCGUGUUACUGGACAUUUUGAAAAUACAAUUAUUAGAAUUUACUUUUUAUAUAUAUUUGGGAUGAAAAAUAUUUAAAUAUUGCUCUAUUUAAUUAAUUUAAAUUUGAUUUCAAGUUUUGUCUAUAAUUAUUUUAUCUUUGAUAGGUUUCGAUUAGAUUUUAUACGUGAACCAAUCAUAAUCGAGUACUGCAUUUUACUAAAUAUCUUACGAUACUGUUUACAUCGUUUGAGCGGUGAAUAUCGACUUUUUUCAAAGAAUAUGCAUUGUAAUUCUACUUAAAUUAUUAUUAUUUGUAAUAAUAUAAAUCAUUGUUAAAGCAUAUAGACGAAUAAUUAAAUUAAUGGAAAAUAUGGCUAGUGACACAAAAACAAAUCAGCACAGUCAAUAUCCUUGCAAUUUUAAAUUUCAUGAAUUUGUGGAUGAAGAGGUUAAAAUUAGUUGUCACAUUAUAAAAAUGGAAGACAGCUUAUAUUUAUGGGUUGGAGAUGCUAAACAUUCUGCCAUGAGUAAUCUUGCUUUUGCACUUAGAUCCAAUUAUGAAUCAGUACCAAUUGGUACAAAGAUAAUGGGUGCAGUGGCAGAUGAAACUUCUUCUAACAUAGCUAAACGUUUAACAAAAAGAUUGGGAAAACCUGUAUAUGUUAGUUUUAAUUUACAGGCUGAUAGAAUGUUACUGCCUCAGAUUGAGCAAAGAAUACAUCAAGAAUUUAAAACAAAUGAAGUACUAACAAUAUUUUGAUGAAUUUUUAUAUUUUAUCUCAGAUAUCUUAAAGCUUUUCAAUAAUACGACUGUAUAACAUAAAAUUUAUAGUUUUAUAAUAAAUUAAAUGAAUUAUGUUACUACAAUAUAUUACGUUUUAUUUAUUUUAUACAUAUUAUAGUAUUGCGAAUAUAUUGUAUUUUUUUAUUUAUAUAUAUUUUAUGAAUUAAGAAUUAAUAAAUUAUUAUAAAUAUAUGUAUA